ACCGAUCGAUCGAUUCGAACGAUCUCCUCUGCCUCUUCGCCCUUUUUCUCUCGAAGAAACCCUAGCGAUCCUCCCCUUCUUCGUCUUCUUCUUCUCCGACGAUCUUGAGCGAAGAUGCCGGCGACGGCGGGGAGGGUUCGCAUGCCCGCGAACAACCGCGUCCACAGCAGCGCGGCGCUCCAGACGCACGGCAUAUGGCAGAGCGCGAUCGGCUACGACCCCUACGCCCCCACCAACAAGGACAAGCCCGACCCCUCCAAGCCCUCCUCCGCCCCCCGCGGCGGCGGCGGCGGCGGCGGCAGUGGCGUCGGCGGUGGCGGGGGAGGCGGUGGUGGUGGGGACGGCGGCGAGAACGCCUACGCCAGCUUCCAGGGCCUCCUCGCCCUCGCCCGCAUCACCGGCUCCAGCGCCGACGAGGCGCGCGGCGCCUGCAAGAAGUGCGGCCGCGUUGGCCACCUGACCUUCCAGUGCCGCAACUUCCUCAGCGUGAAGGACCAACAGGACGAGAGGGACGAGGGCGCCGCGAUCCACGCCGCGAACGCCGCCUUCGACAGGAUCAAGAAGGCGAGCGGGUUGAAGGAGGCGGGGGAGAGCGACGAGUCGGAGGAGGAGGAGGAAGAGAGCGAGAGCUCGGAUUCAGAUGUGGAUCCGGAGAUGGAGAAGAUCAUCGCUGCUCGCUACGGUAAGAAGAGCAAGAGGAGCUCCGCUUCUGCGGCGAGGGGGAGAGAGGAGAGAUCGGAUGAUGAGAAGGAGGGGAGCCGUAGGAGGAAGGGUCGAUCGAGGCAUAGGAGGAGCGGGAAGAGCUUGAACAAGAACGAUGAUGAGAUCGAUAGCGAGGAUGAAGCGAGGAGAAUGGAGAAGAGGAGAAGGCGCAGGGAUUCAGAUGAUGAUGACGACGACUAUAAUUAUGAAAAGAAGCAUAGGAAGAGCAGGAGGGAAAAGAAGAGGCGGCGGAGCCAUCACAAGAGGAAGGACUCUGAUGAGGAUGAUUCAGAAGGAGAACCAGAUAGGCAUUCACGCCAUAAUCGAACGAACAGGCGGAAGGAUGCAUCGGAGAGUGAUUCUGAUAAAAGUGAUGAGUCGUCGGAUGAUCGUAAGAGGUCUAGCAGGCAUAAUGAGCGCCGGAGGAAGAAGAAAGCGGCUUCAUUGAGUGACUCUGAAAUCAGUGGAUCGGAUUCUGAAGAAGAGCUGCGAGGCAGGAAGGAGAAGAAGCGAUCCGAGGAGAGGAGCAGGAAGCAUAGAAGGCACGAGAAGAAUUGAUUGGCUGGAUGGUAACUUGCUCGUCUUUCUGUCAUUUGCUGGUUAUAGCUUUAAUUGGAUGUUAGCGUUAUUCAAAUCCAGUGCUAUGGCUUUGUUAUCUAUCUGGUAAUUUGAUUGCCAUAAUUGAUAUGAAUGUGUUCAUCUAGCCGUAUGUUAUGUUCAUUUUGAAAAAUGAAGCUCUUAGUCUACACCAUGUUAUUGGCCUUUCAUAGUAGGGAGGUCAUGCGCUAGUAAGCUGUGCUUGUAAGUGUAUUGAUAUUGACUAUUUUGAUAAUGCAUUGAGUGCUUAUUUUGUUUAGAGGUA